CGCUUUCAAAAUUCUCACACAAUUCGCAUAUCGUGAACAUUAUUUCGCCGGCAGUCGUAAAUUUAUCUAGCAUAUUCCAGCACGCAUAUAAUGUACAGUACAUUUUCGGGCGCAAUUUCGUAAAAUCGUAUGCAACAAUGUAACUCGAACUAUGGGUGAUGAAGUGAACACGGCGCUGAGCGAGCAACAGCAAUGGGAGCAGUUCGUGAUAUCUUUCUACAAUUGCGCCAUGCUCCAGGGUACCGUCGCCUAUCUCCUGAUGUCCAUCUACGCGGUCGCUCCCCAGGAAAUUAGCUCUUAUCUCGGCUUCGACUUGGCGGGUUAUCUCUGGAGUAACAUGGUCUACGGUCUAUCGGUCGUGAUAUUUUCUAGGCCUACAUUUAGAAGUGUCUCGCCAUCAAAUCGAAUCGCCUUCGCAUUGUUGGGAUCGCUGAUGUUCAAUCACGCCAGUAUGAAUUGCUUCAGUUGGAUCCACCGGACGUUCCCGGAGAGGCCGUACGUGCGCGGUUUCCUGGGAUUCUUCGCCGGCAGGAUAAUGAUGGUGCAUUUCCUGGCGUUCCUCUACCACAUGGACACCAGGACGAUAACGCCGGGCGUCCGGAUGGAGAGGAGUCCGGUCUUCGAGCAAAUAUACAAUACGCCUUAGUUGGGUAAUUC